CGGGAGCCGCGGCGGCGGCGAGCAGCGCGGGACCCAGUACUAUGGCUAUGUACUGCUAUGCACUCAACAGCCUGGUGAUCAUGAAUAGCGCCAACCAGGUGAAGAGCGGCUGCGCCCCCCGGCCCAGCAGCAGCGAGACACCCCCACCGCCGGGGAGCGCCGUGUUGAGCCCCGGCAGCGUUUUCAGCCCCGGGAGAAGCUCCUCUUUCCUCUUCCCCCCGACCGAGUCGUUCUCGCCCGAGGAGCCCGGGAGCCCCGGGGGCUGGCGGAGUGGCCGGCGCAGGCUGAAUAGCGGCAGCGGCAGCGGCAGUGGCAGCAGCAGCAGCGUGGGCAGCCCGGGUUGGGCGGGUCGCCUGAGAGGGGACGGGCAGCAGGUAGUGACCGCCGGUCCCCUCUCUCCUCCAGGGCCGGAGGAGGCCCAGAGGAAGCUGCGAAUCCUGCAACGCGAGUUGCAGAACGUGCAGGUGAACCAGAAAGUGGGCAUGUUCGAGGCGCACAUCCAGGCGCAGAGCUCCGCCAUUCAAGCGCCCCGCAGCCCGCGUUUGGGCAGGGCACGUUCGCCCUCCCCAUGCCCCUUCCGCAGCAGCAGUCAGCCCCCAGGAAGGGUCCUGGCUCAGAGCGACGAACGGAGGACCAAGUCCUGGGGGGACCAAUGUCCAGAGACCUCAGAGGCCGACUCCAGGAGGAGUGCAGGGGCACCCAGCCUAAGCCUCUCCAAGGACAAGGAGGGAGUGGCACCUUUUCCCUGCCUGGCCUCCCCGUCGGGCUCAGGGGCUCAGGGUCUAGCCUCUUCGGUGAGAGUUGAGAAGGGAGUUCCUGCCAGACCCCACUGUGUCUCACCCGUAGCUAUGGAAAUUGACAAGAGGGUCUCCCCUCCUUUGGAAACUCGGAGCUGCGAAGCUCCCUCGUUAGGGCCGAUCGGAGCAAACUCUGUAAUAGCCACAGAAGUGGCAGCGAGAGCUACAUCCACUGGGCCACACCAUCCGCACGACCCUGCCCUCAUGGAGCUGCCUGAGAGGCCCCAGGAGCUUCGGGGUGUGCAUUCCCCGUCACCUCCUCCGGCCCUGGUGGAGGGUAAGGGGCAGUCUCCGGCCAGUGAGAGAAGCCCAGCCUCUGAGAGGGGCGGGCCUCGCGGUGGAGAGCCCCCUGGGAAGGUGGGGAAAGAAAAUCUGUCCUGUGGCAUGCCGGGCCCCGGGGAACCUGAAGCGGGCGAAAGGCCAGAGAAGAGGACUGUGGACGCGCAAAAACGCUCAGAACCCUCUGAGGCCCUGAGCUGGUUCAGGGGGUCAGGAGACCCGGGCUCGGUAGGGCCCGAGGUGACCCAGACUGGGGCCCCAGUGGUCUGGGAGCCACCACAGCGUUCCAACGGAGUGGAUGAAGGGUCUCCGAUGCCGGGUUUGCGUGGGGGCAGCAGCUCAGCACAGCCAGGAGCGGGGGAGUUGAAGUUGGGAAUUCCCGCUGCCGGAAUGCUGGAACCUUUGCCCUGUUGGGAAGCAGCAAAAGAUGUGAAAGAACCUCAGUGCCUUCCUGGGGACAGAGUGGGUGGGCAGCCUGGGAACUCCAGUGCUUGGCUGGGCCCCAUGGAGGAAGCCCAUCUGGCCUGGACGUGUGGCACUGGGGUACAAUCCCAGGGGACUUGGGGAAGCCCACCGCUGGAGAGAACCAUGCACUUCAGCCCAGAGCUGCUCUCCCCAGAUCAGAAAGACAAGCCUUCCCUGAGGGAGGCCUGCAGCCCCAGCAACAUACCUGCUGUCAUCAUUACAGACAUGGGUGCCCAGGAGGAUGGGGUCUUGGAGGAGGCUCAGGGCAGCCCGCUGGGCAGCCUGCCCCUGAGGAAACUGUCCUCUUCCUCUGCCUCCUCCACUGGCUUCUCCUCCUCCUAUGAGGACUCGGAGGAGGACAUCUCCAGUGACCCUGAGCGCUGCCUGGACCCCAACUCUGCCUUCCUGCAUACCCUGGACCAGCAAAAGCCCAGAGUGAGCAAAUCAUGGAGGAAAAUAAAAAACAUGGUGCACUGGUCUCCCUUUGUCAUGUCCUUCAAGAAGAAGUACCCCUGGAUCCAGCUGGCAGGACACGCAGGGAGCUUCAAGGCGGCCGCCAACGGCCGGAUCCUGAAGAAGCACUGCGAGUCGGAGCAGCGCUGCCUGGACCGGCUGAUGGCCGACGUGCUCAAGCCCUACGUGCCGGCCUAUCACGGGGACGUGGUGAAGGACGGGGAGCGCUACAACCAGAUGGACGACCUGCUCGCCGACUUCGACUCGCCUUGUGUCAUGGACUGCAAGAUGGGCGUCAGGACCUACCUGGAAGAGGAGCUCACCAAGGCCCGGAAGAAGCCCAGCCUCCGGAAGGACAUGUACCAGAAGAUGAUCGAGGUGGACCCCGAGGCCCCGACUGAGGAGGAGAAAGCCCAGCGUGCUGUGACCAAGCCGCGGUACAUGCAAUGGAGGGAGACCAUCAGCUCCACGGCCACCCUGGGGUUCAGGAUUGAGGGCAUCAAGAAGGAAGACGGCUCUGUGAACCGGGACUUCAAGAAGACCAAGACGCGGGAGCAGGUCACGGAGGCCUUCAGAGAAUUCACUAAAGGAAACCGGAACAUCCUGAUUGCCUACCGAGACCGGCUGAAGGACAUUCGGGCCACGCUAGAAGUUUCUCCUUUCUUCAAGGGCCAUGAGGUCAUCGGCAGCUCGCUCCUCUUCAUCCACGACAAGAAGGAACAGGCCAAGGUGUGGAUGAUCGACUUCGGGAAAACCACACCCCUGCCGGAGGGCCAGACCCUGAAGCAUGACAUCCCCUGGCAGGAAGGGAACCGGGAGGAUGGCUACCUCUCGGGACUGAACAACCUCAUCGACAUCCUGACGGAAAUGUGCCCUGGCCCAGGUGCCCCUCUCGCCUGAGGCAACCUGGUGCCCACCUCACUGCGCUCCUGGCCUCUGUCCUCCCCCUUUCCUUCCCUUCUUAAUUUUUCUUUCACUUCUACCUGGGUGCAAGCCCCAGAACUGACCCUCCCAAACUGCACUACAAGACACUUUGUAGAAGAGGAGACGAGAUUUUCUAGAUACUUUCCUAAUUGAAGGGCUUGGGCACUGGGGCUUCCACUUAUUUCUGUAAAUAGGAUCUUUCUGGAAGAGUGAUGCCCAAGCCAGACUCUGCUGCCUGCGGGAGAGGUCAGUUGGUUUAGAUCUGGGUGGAGGCUCAGGUGGCCCAGGGGUCCUGCCCCCUUUUCUGGGUGGGUUACCUGUGUGGGCUUGCUGCCUCCUGGUGGCCAGUGCCAGUAGUGCCACGGCCCAGCAUAGCCGUUUCCACCCCAUCCUUCUAGCCUGGCAGGGGCUGUAAGAGCCCAUGUUUCAGCUGGUGACCGGUGCCAGGCUUUCUCACGGUUGAGGCACAGAAUCCCUGGGAACCGCAUAUCGGCCAUGAGUAAAGCACCUUUUGAUUAUCAGCCCAGGGGGUCCAGGACGUGUGGUGGCUUUUAUAGGCCCUUUACGGGCUGAUGAAAUCCACCUUUGGGCCAGACCCAGGAGCCAGCAGUCCUGAGCCGACUGGGCUGUGCUCUCUGAUGUUGGCCUCCCCCAUUGGGGGCAGGCAGGAGCUGUGUUCUUCCAUCCGUGAUUAUCACCCACGAAUUCAGAGGGUCUCUGCAACCCGAGCUUCCUGGGCUGCACUUGACCCCCAGAGCCACUGUGCCCCCCCCCCCCCCCCCCGCUGUGACAAUGCCAAGGGCUGCACGGGAGUGGCCAGGGCACAGGCAGUCUCUAGGGAAGAAAGCCAGAACCUGCGUGGGACACUCCUCUCUCCCACUCCCUGGUGACACUCAGUUGCCCUGCCUGCACCCUGGGGGCUCUCUCAUGACGUCCAGCGUCCCCAGCAGCUACAGGCGGGACUUCGGGCCAGCCCUGGGCAGGGAGGAAGCAGGAGGAAGCUGGCUUCCUGGCAUCAGCUCUUUUCCCCUGAAAUAAGUUAUGGCCUGAAGGGUUUAGCCCCUUGCUUCCCAAGGUGGUGUGGGCAGUUUCCGGGGUAGGUGGUGGGUGCCAGGGCGUGCUCCGGGCAUCUCGUCCUGGAGUCUCUAGGUUGCUUGAAGAUUCGUGGGGAACCAGUUGUAAGCCUUAUUCUCAUUGCGAAGCAAGUAAGUCUAUAUUAUGGAGAAGAAUGUAAAAUUUGCAUGACUUUCAAAGACAGAAUUCCAGCUAUGGCUAUGUGGAGCUGUGCCCCCAGGUGUCCCCCCUUGUCAGAGAGUCAGGGGCCAGGCCAGCAGACACUGGGACCAGUUGCUCCACGGGGAUCUGUUUUCAGGGAUACAGUGGAGACAGUGUGUGCCCAGGUGUGUGUACCUGUAAGGACCAAUCCAGAGGGAGGGCUUCCUGGGCCACCCCCUUCACCCCAGGGUCUCUGGGGGAACUGUCAACUUGCCCAUGUGACACAUUUCCCCUUUCAUGCUUCAUGAGUGACAGUUGAUGGGGGUGAAGGGUGGGACACGAGGAUAUAUAAGUUCAGAUUUUUUAAAAGGAAAUCAUUUUUCAACUUCCUGGCUCUUGUUCAAAACAGUGGUGAGCUCCUGUGUGGGCUGACUUGCUAAAGGUCACACCCCAGCCCCUGGGGAGCACGAGAGACCUUGUGACGACAUGUGAUCCUGGCGGGCAGGAGCAUGGGAGCUGUCUCCACUUGGUGAGAGGGACCCGGUGGUCUGCCUGCAGCUCCCUGCAGAAGGGACAUCAUUCAGUUAGACGUCAAGGUUCUGCAGCUGUGGGCUGGCCAGGAGUCACCCUCCUCCUGUGUAUGAAAAGUUUGCUAAAGCACAUGAUGCUAUGAACAAAACAGGGACCAGCUUCACCUACUAAGAGAACAAACAAGCACUUUAAGCAGGCACCAGUUGUUUGCAAAUGAUGUGCUAAUAAGCAAAGGAUUUGUUUAUUAAAGGAGACCCAUUGGGGCCUCUUACUGGCAAUUCUUUGCUUUGGGUCACAUUUAUAUGUGAAAGUGGCAUCUUUUUAGGGUUAUUCUAUUACUUAGGGGCCCGGGGGUUUUGUAUUUACUGUGUUAGUUUCCUUCUUCCAUACCUACUCUCUCAACCCUCUUUCCCCUUUGACCUCCCACCCCCUUGUAUGGAUCCUGGAAUGGAAUUUUCCAGAACCCCUGCCCAGGCUGUCUGAAAAGCCUACCCCACCCAGCCCCAGUCCAGGCGGGGACUCCUAGGGUCCUGGGCAUGCAGGUGCCAGGAGGGUGGGUGUCCUUCCUGCCCUGUCCUUGACCCCCUCCCCGCCCCCGCCGGCAUUCUUGGUGUUCAGCACUGCUUAGCCUUCGGAGAAGGUCUUCUCAACUGCUCGUCCCAGACUUGCCUUUAGUGUCAUGUAAGAAGUUUUUAAGUUAUAUUUAUUUUGUUGGGUUUUUUUAAUUGCACAAAACACUAAGACUGAGAGGCUGGAUUCUGUUUCUCCUCUGAAGCUCUGCCUUCUUUCUGAACCUCCUGGAAAGAGCCUGGAUGCAGCCCUGGUGCCCCCCUCCCCCAUGGUCUCUUUCCUCCAUUAGCUGUAUUUAGCUUUGAGUUUCUCUGCAUCCAUCCAGUCAACCCUUGUGUGUACAUAACCCAGGUCCUCCUCGGGAAGGAGCAGAGUGUUCACCCUGAGCCAGUGCCUUUUCUGGAGGAGAAGAUUCCCAGAGGGAUUUCCUGCCUUCUGCACCCCUCUCCCCACGCCACCUUGGAGAAAACUGAACUGUUACAAACCCCGAACAGUGCCUGUCAGACCGACUGCAGACGCUCUGUACCUUCCUGAAUAAAGGCCUUGGAGACCA